AUGAAAGGAAAUAAUCUUACCAGAACAAAUGAAGCCGGGGCAAUGUUCGCCGAGCUCAGAAAUCGGUUGCAACAGCAAAGAAAGCUUCACAAGAAUGGGAGAUUAAGGACAGUUCCAGAAGAGAGAUCGAAGCAAUGGCAGAUUCGAAUGAGAAAGAGCUUUCGGAGAGAGAAAGAGCAAGAAUUAUCCUAUCCUAACAGCCAAACAACCUCAAACGCACAUGCUUAUAGUUAUACUCACCAUCAACCCCCACAGCCUAAGUACAACCGAAACCUGCCAUUUGUACGCCGUCUGAUCUUGGCUCUGAUCUUACUGUUCGUUGCAAUCACCGCUGUUGGCUGGAUCACAUGGCUCAUUCUUCACCCUCAAGAACCCGUCUUCCACGUCGACUCACUCUCUGUAUCCAACUUCAACAUCUCCGACUUGCAGAAAAAUGCCCGAUACGAGGUCCAAUUGACCGUAACGAACCCGAACAAGAAGAUAAACCUGGAGUUCGAAACCUUCAGCGUCUCUGUGUUCUACAAGAGGAACCCGCUCUCAACGGGGUCAGUUCUUCGGCCUUUCGAUGUGAGGAAGAUGAAUGAGACUGCAGUGAAAAUUGAGUUGGGUUCGAAACCGAACGAGAAUUGUCAGAUAAGGGGAAAAAGGACAGCCAUUGACAUGGCCAACAUGGGUAGAGAUUGGAAGCAGAGGAAGAUGAGUUUAAAUGUGGAAAUGGUGGGUUUGGCUGAAUUUAAGGCUAGUGAUUGGCUAAGCAGCCACAGGACAGUUGGUGUUUUUUGUGAGAAUUUGGUAGUAGUGUUUGGCUCAGAUGACAUGAGCCGAAUGACAGGGAAGCUCAAGAGCACUGGAGGGAAUGACUACUGUUCUGUUUCUCUUCUUUGAUGCCCUUUUUCAUUUUAGAAUUAUUAUCUUUAUUGUUUUAUUCAAUUAAUUAUUUUUUGUUAGAUAAAUUGGUAGGCAUAUGUAGUGAAUAGCAUGGUGUUGUGUAAUUUGUUCCUAUAGCUUUCUUUUGUAAUUGUUAUAGCAAUAAUGUUAGACCAAUUUUUGAGCCAGGUUCAGUUCUGUUGCUGGUACGAGGUUGGUCUGUUAUUGGACUGUUGGAUU